CUGGACUCGCUCGUCCUGCCGCCGCCGUCCGCGCGCACACACGCGGGGGAUGCGAGGAAGAAGGCAGGCACAAACUGGGAGAUGAUGGAGAAUACGCUUAGGGAGCGUCUUUUGGCUUUUUGGGGAUGAGCUUUACCAGGAUAUCCGUAAUGUCAUCUGGGAUUAACCUCCUCCGCGACUAGAAUCGUCGACUUCGGCGGCUCAUCGGGGGAAUUCCAUAAUGUAAAAAAGUACCUCGGCUCUUUGGACCAUGACCUCUCCUGGAUUUACUGGGACCGCUCUUCUCCUGGUUGGGAUUUAAAAGUUUUGCCUUGGGAGAGGUCGGCAGCGGUGGCGGCUGCGAGGAAAUUACAGUCUCGGAGCGCUGGGAUAAUCUUACGAGAUGAGGAUACCCGGCACCGGCGGGCUCUGCCCCGUCCUCUUAUGCCUCUGCUUCAUCCAGAGGGUCCACGGGGCGAGCCACCACCCGCCCGCCAGGGUGCUGGCCCGCAACCCCAGCAGGAACCAGAGCAAGCUGGCCAACGGGGAGACGGAGGUGCACCACAGGCCCAAACGGGGAUGGAUCUGGAACCAAUUCUUUGUUUUAGAAGAACACAUGGGGACAGAGGAGCAGUACGUGGGAAAGCUUCACUCCAACUCCGACAAAGGUGACGGAACGGUGCGCUACAUUCUGAGCGGCGAGGGCGCGGGGACCAUCUUCCUGAUUAACGAGGUUACGGGAGACAUCCACGCCACUAGGAGUCUCGAUCGUGAGAAGAAGUCGCACUACGUGCUGCACGCGCAAGCUUUGGACCGCCAUACAGAGGAGGCGCUGGAACCAAAGUCGGAAUUCAUCAUCAAAGUCCAGGACAUCAACGACAACGCGCCGCAGUUUCCGGACGGACCCUUUGUCGCCACCGUGCCCGAAAUGUCCGACGUGGGCACGUCAGUUCUACAAGUGACUGCCACCGACGCCGACGACCCGACGUACGGAAACAGCGCACGCAUCGUCUACAGCAUCCUACAAGGACAGCCAUAUUUCUCCGUGGAUCCCAAAACAGGGACCAUCAGGACUGCCUUAGCCAACAUGGACCGGGAAGCCCGGGAACACUACAUUGUGGUCAUCCAGGCCAAAGACAUGGCGGGCCAAGUCGGCGGUCUCUCCGGAUCCACCGUCAUCAAUGUCACGCUCACCGACGUCAAUGACAACCCGCCGAAAUUCCCGCAAAAAAAUUACCAACAGUACGUCCCAGAGUCUGCUCAAGUCGGUAAACCGGUAGGGAAGAUUAAAGCUAACGACGACGAUUUGGGCGUUAACGCGGACAUCAAGUAUAGCAUCAUUAACUCGGAAGGGGCUAACAUGUUUUCAAUCGCCAACGAUAAGGACACCAAGGAGGGGAUUAUCACCCUCAGAAAGCCGCUCAACUACGAGAGGAAGAAGACGUACACACUCCACAUUGAGGGCACCAAUACGCAUGUGGAUCCUCGUUUUUCCUACCUGGGCUCUUUCAAGGACACGGCUACGCUUAAAAUUACCGUCGGGGAUGUGGACGAAGCACCUGUUUUCUCUUUGGAUUAUUACAUCAUGGAUGUGUACGAGAACUCGCCCAGUGGCACCGAAGUGGGCGCCGUCACGGCUCGGGACCCUGACAGCAGGAACAGUCCUGUCAGGUAUUACAUGGACAAAAAGGAGUCAGAGCCAAUCUACUUCCGCAUGGACGAAAUCAGCGGCAUGAUCAGGACCACGCAGCCGCUAGACCGCGAAGACGCCGCCUGGCACAACAUCACCGUGAUGGCCUCGGAGGUUGACAACCCCGGCCUCCUCAGUUACAUCCCGGUCACCGUGCAGGUGCUGGACGUCAACGACAAUUCGCCGCAUGUGGCUGACGCCGACGAGGAGGUCAUCGUCUGCGAGAGCACCAGGGCUGGACAGGUGAUCCAGACGAUCAGCGCCGUGGACAAGGACGACUUUGCCAACGGACAACGUUUCUCCUUCGCGCUGUCCGAUCAAAUGCCGGUUAAUCCCAAUUUCACGCUUAAGGACAAUGAAGCAGGAUUACGCGUACGGACCGUCGGGGUGAAUUUCAUUCAAGUGGGAGCAAGGGCCAAGGACGAGAGAGAUGGAGCGGGGGCUUUUAACACUGACAGAUAGGUCACAAUAUUUUGCUUCCAGUUGUGUAAUGUACAAGAAUGCAGCGCGCGCUCGUAUCCUGUUGUCUGCAGAUGUUUGGUUUUGUAAUCUUCUGCUGGCAUGAUGAUGAUACUCUGAUUGAUGGGAAGGUUAUGCAAUAGAAAGGCACACAAUAAGAUAUGUGUGUGGAGAACAAAAUAUCCGAUUAUUUGUAUUGUUUAGUGUUGUUCUCAAGACCAAACUGUUCAAGACAAAGACAUGCUUGGGACCAGAACACAAUGAGACAAAACCAAGAUUUUGCAAGUGGAGAUUGAGAUAAGCCAAGAAUGAGACAAGACCAAAACUUCUGGGAGUUCUAGACACAGACAAAAUUGUGAAAAGAUGAGACCAAGACUUGCAAAAGACCAAAAUUCACUGAGACCAAGAUUUGACAGAAACCGGAAUUCACCAAGACAAGACAAAGAUCUUUGGGUGUUGACAACGAAACAAGACCGAAAGAAAACCAAAACAAGACCAAGAAUUGCCCAAGACAAGAACUCAACUAGCUCGAGAUAAGACCGAGACUUUGGUAGUCGAGAACGAAACGAGACCAAAAAUUGACAGAGAUAAGGGCAAGCCUUUUGGGAGUCAAGAUCUUGCUAAACCAAAACGAGACCAAGAAUUAACUGAGACCAGAACUCAACUAGAUCAAGAUAAGACCGAGACUUUUAAUAGUCAAGACCAAGAAUUGCUCGAGACCAGAACUCACCUGGAGCAAGCUGCCUCUGACCUGACAAUAUUGAGAUAAACCGAGACGAGACCUUUAUUUGUGCGAUAAUAAAGCUCACCAAGACCAAGAAAAGACAGACCUUGGGACAGGGGUGGGCAAACUAUUCCACAAAGGGCCACAGUACGUGCGAGUUUUCAUCUCAACCCAUCAAAAGGGAACCUUAUCACCAAUCCGGUGUCCUACAAGUGCAAUCAGUUGAUUGCAUUCAGGUGCUUCUAGUUUCCCUGGACCUUUCAUUGGUUAAACUACCUGUGCUGCAUCAGUUGUAACAAAGACCAGGACCCACUGCAGCCCUUGAGGACCGGUUUGCCCACCCCUGCUUAAAAGGGUCGUCGGAUACCUAAAUGAACUGAAGCAAAACCAAGAAUUACCUGAGACCAGAACUGAACUAGAUCAAGAAAAGACCGAGACUUUUAAUAGUCAAGACCAAGAAUUGCUUGAGACCAGAACUCACCUACAUCAAGCUGACUGAUACCUGACAAUACUGAGAUGAACGGAGACGAGACCUUUAUUCGUGCGAUACCAGAGCUUACCAAGACCAAGAAAAGACAGACCUUGGGACAGGGGUGGGCAAACUAUUCCACAAAGGGCCACAGUAGGUGCGAGUUUUCAUUUCAACCCAUCAAAAGGGAACCUUAUCACUAGAGAUGUCCCGAUCGAUUGGCGUCCCAAUCGAUCAGGUCCGAUCACGUCAUUUUCAAAGUAUCGGAAUUGGCAAAAAAAUAUCGGACAUGCCUUUUUUAAAAAAAAUUAUUUUUUAUUAUUAAAUCAUUUUCUAAUUGUAUUUAACGUUACAGAAAAAAUGACUUACACUCAUCCAGAGUCUUUAGUUUUGGUUUAAAGAUUGGUUCAUAAUAACAACAAGCAUCCUCCCUGCCAUUUUUUGUGAUGUCACUUUUAAGCCUAGUAAGUAGGUAAACUACCUCUUUUGGAGAUUUUUGUUAUUGCACUAUUCUGCACUCAAUAUUUUAGUUUACAUGUUGAUUGUUUACAUAUUUUAUGGCACAGUGCUGAUAAGCUUUGUUUUGAUCCAAAGCAGUGGAACAAUGUCAUGUUGGAACAUAAAAAAAAGAUACUUGGAGCAAUUAAAUUGAGUUUUAUUCCUUUUUUUUCUUAAUGCGUUGCCAAAAUGUAUAUGAUCGGGAAAAAUUAUCGAGAAUGAUUGGAAUUGAAUUGGGAGCAAAAAAAAAAAAGUAAUCGGAUCGGGAAAUAUUGGGAUCGGCAAAUACUCAAAGUAAAACGAUCGGGAUCGGAUCGGGAGCAAAAAAACAUGAUCGGAACCACCGUACUUAUCACCAAUCCGGUGUCUUACAAUUGCAAUCAGUUGAUUGCAUUCAGGUGCUUCUAGUUUCCCUGGACCUUUCAUUGGUUAAACUACCUGUGCUGCAUCAGUUGUAACAAAGACCAGGACCCACUGCAGCCCUUGAGGACCGGGUAUGCCCAACCCUGCUUAAAAGGGUCGUCGGAUACCUAAAUGAACUGAAACAAAACCAAGAACUACCUGAGACCAGAACUGAACUAGAUCAAGAAAAGACCGAGACUUUUAAUAGUCAAGACCAAGAAUUGCUCGAGACCAGAACUCACCUACAUCAAGCUGACUGAUACCUGACAAUACUGAGAUGAACAAGACCUUUAUUCGUGCGAUACCAGAGCUUACCAAGACCAAAAAAAGACAAAGACUUAAGGACAGGGGUGGGAAAACUAUUCCACAAAGGGACGCAGUGGGUGCGGGUUUUCGUUUCAACCCAUCAGUAGGAAACCUUUUCACCAAUGUGGUGUCUUACAAGUGCAAUCAGUUGAUUGCAGUCAAGUGCUUCAUGUUUCCCCGUACGUCUCGUUGGGUAAACUGCCUGUGCUGGAUCAGUUCUAACAAAGACCAGGACCCACUGCAGCCCUUGAGGACCGGUUUACCCAACCCUGCUUAAGGGGGUCGUCGGAGACCUAAAUAAACUGAAACAAUACCAAGAAUACAUGAGACGAGAACUCAAUUAGAUUAAGAUAAGACCGAGACUUUUAGUAGUCAAGACCAAGAAUUGCUCGAGACCAGAACUCACCUAGAUCAAGCUGACUGAGACCUGACAAUACUGAGACAAGACCGUUUUUUGUGCGAUACCAGAGCUCACCAAGACCAAGAAAAUAAAAACUUUAGGGCAGGGGUGGGAAAACUAUUCCACGAAGGGCCACAGGGGGUGCAGGUUUUCCUUACAACCCAUCAAGAUGACACCUUUCCACCAAUCUGGUGUCUUACAAGUGCAAUUAGUUGAUUGCAUUCAGGUGCUUCUAGUUUCCCUGGACCUCUCAUUGGUUUAACUGCAUGUGCUUUAUUAGUUGUAACAAAUACCAGGACCCACUGCAGCUCUUGAGGAGCGGUUUGCCACGUUGAGACCUUAAUAAACCGAAACGAGACAAAGAACUGCCUGUGACCAGAACUCAACUAAAUUAAGAUAAAACCAAGGUUUUUUGGGUUUCGAGACGAUAAAAAUACCGUGAUUAAUCGAAACAAGACCAAGACUUAGGAGACCAUAGCUCACCGAGACCCAGAAAAGACAAAACAAAGAACAUAAAGAUUUAUUUCAACACAUUCACUGCCGUUGACAGUGAUUGAUUGAAUAAUCUUGUUGAAAAUUCAUGUUACGUCCAUCACUGUCAAUGGCAGCCAAUGACUUAAAAUGGAAUUUCUGUAACAAAUGUAUUAAUCUCUACCCAAACCUGAAAUUUCCAACUCUUUUCCCCUUUCAGUGAACAUAACUACAUCUGCGUUAAAUCCAAGUCUUCAAUUAUAUGGCACUCCCGUUCAUUUUUGCCCGCUUUAGCAAAGUUAACUUUUAAAAGGAGCCAUUAGUGACGGCGUCCGUCUCUCUUAAAUGUCAACAUCCCGCUGACGAAACGCCGGUCAAACGCUGUCGGCAAAUUGUGCGCCAUUAAAGCCGAGCGCUCGGUGACUAACUAAAGGGACCUAUUAUGAAAAUACUCUGAUAAAAGAAGUACCGGUUCAAAAAAGUACAGUCACUCUACUUGAAGUCUAUUGCUCACUUCUACAUUAGCGUCACCACUUUUUCUGUCACUCCGCCGUGACAUUUCCUUUUCAGACGUCAACGAAAAGGGGCCGAUGAUCUUUGAAUAACCCACCUGCGCAUAAAUAGAUCAAUUGAUUCCUGGAGCUAUCCCUUCCCGCCGUGCAUACUAAAAGGCCGUCUCGCAUUGCGGUUGAUCAGCACGGCUGCGAGAAAGUGCUGUCAAAUCCGAUGAUGUGUGCGACGUUUAAUUAGCCUUCAUGUCAUUCAUACCACCGGAAAAAAGGGGGCUUUUAAUGCGUCCGAUUGGUGCGAAAAGGUUAGCGCGGCCUGUCGCUUAGAGUGUCGCAGACAAGUUGUUAUGUUAGCGGUUAACAAGACAAAAUAUAACCCUUUUGAUGUGCAUUCCGUUAUGUAUGUGCAUAUGAAUAAGAUCGGGUAGAACCAUGCAUGUCAUGUUGGGGUGCUAUUCAUAGACGUUAGCAACCACUGAAGAGAAAAAGCAUGAAUAGCAAUGCUAGCUUGAAUAGAUUAAAUACAUAUUCGUGAAUUUUGAUGUAGUGCUGGACAAAAUGAGAAUAUAUGGUGGAAAAUACUUAGGUGACUUGAAGUUCCGCUCUGAGACCCCAAAUUUGUCCAAAUUUCAAAAUUGUCCGAUUUGCACUUGUGAUACAUCAUUGGAAAGCUUAAAAUGUCUGUUUUCUGGGGGAAGAAAAAUUUUGAACAGGAGGGCAUUUUGGGAAAAAAAAAAAAAAAAAAUUCUUCAACGGCAAAACCCUAACUGGAGGUGAGAGCACACGAGAGCACAAUGAAAGACGCCAUGAUUUUAACUAGAGGCGUGCAAAAUUUCCGAUUCUUAGAUUAUUCGCGAUUCGGCCGUGGAAGAUUCGAGAACGAUUCACAAACAUCCAAAUUCCGAUUAUUGAAUUAUACCAGGUAAAGCGGAAAUAAAACGCAGUCAGCGCGGUGACGCAAUGAGGAACGGACCGAGGGUAAAUAUCACGUGCAGCUAAUGCCGCUAGGUAAAAGAAAACAAUAAUAACUGGCUGCGGCCGUCAACCGCUACAAACAGCACCCAGUUGCUAGUUGCUACAAACAUACCGCAACAUACGGCUAUGGUAGAUAUCACAUAUAUCUAGACUAGAUGUGAAAUGACAGACUUUCCCGCGCUAGUAAACAGCCGCCAUCUUAAAGCAGUAGACUUCUCUAGAAGGCUCUGUUGUAGAGAACCUAAUUACUUUUCAUCUAAAAUACCCCUAAAUCGGCAAAAUAUUGACUUAAAUCUAUCUUUAAAUGAUGAAACAGUUUUAAAACUUUCACAUGUCGAAAGUAGACAUGAGGGAAAUUAUGGAAUAACGGGCACAAUUUUAACAACUUUAACAGUUGAUUUACAACAUUAAAUUAAUUGAAUGUAAUUUAAAGCUGCUGAUACAGAAUGGGGACUCGAGUAUUUUAUUUACUGUUUUUACCUGGUAACUUGAUACUAAAAUAGUAGUUUGGUUUAUUUAGCCUGAGAGGGUUUUUGAACAAUUUUGGAACAAAUAUACAAAACAUUAAAAAAAAAAAAAUGGGGGGAGGGGGGCGUCAAUAAUCGAUUUAUAAUCGAAUCGGAGUCUCUGAAUCAUAAUCGUAAUCGAAUCGUUAGGUGCCCAAAGAUUCCCACCUCUAAUUUUAACGACAUAUUAUCGCGUGCUUACCUUGUUUCGAUCCAAAAACUCCAUAUAGCAUGUAUCAUCGGAUGUCAAGACACAUAUGUGAAUGGCCACUGCUGGAUUUUUUUUCGGGAUUUUAUGGGUGAAACAUGGUAAUAUGUAACUGUACCAUGUCUGAUUGUGCGUCUUUAUCUGUAUGGUGGGACGGGGAACUAAUAAGCAUAUGCUUCCUCCCGUCUGCCUUUGUCUUCUUCUUCGGUUCUCUCUUCCUUGGGGCAAAUCAUAUCACAUUUUGUAAUUGUCAUUGAUUGUCAAUGAUACCGAUGAUGAUGACAAUAAAUACUUAAUACAUUCAUUCAUUCCUCUACUUAUUAACUGGUUCUGGAACCAAUUAACCCGAAAAUUCCAUAAGAAGAGAUGUAUUUUCCAUGUAAAUGCCCUAAUCCACUCUAAGUAUCAUUGAAUCGGGGUGAAACUGGAAGAAAACGACAACCAACCACAUCUGAAUCAUUCCAUAUACCCUAACCAAACCGAUAAUUAUCUGUAAUGAAGUAGAUAAUAAAACAUAAUGCAAAGUAAAAAAAAAAAAAAAAAAUAUGGCGGAAAACACUCAGGUGACUUGAAGUUCUGCUCUGAGACCCCCAAUUUGUCCAAAUUUCAAAAUUGUCCGAUUUGCACGUGUGAUACAUCAUUGAAAAGCUUAAAAUGUCAGUUUUCUGGGGGAAGAAAAAUUUUGAACAGGAGGGCAUCUUGAAAAAAAAAUUUUUUUCUUAAACGGCAAAACACUAACUGGAGGUGAGCGCACGCGAAAGCAGAAAAAGACGUGAUUUUAACGAGAUAUUAUCGCGUGCUUACCUUGUUUUGAUCCAAAAACUCCAUAUAGCAUGUAUCAUCGAGUGUCAAGACACAUAUGUGAAUGGCCACUGCUGGAUUUUUUCGGGAUUUUAUGGGUGAAACAUGGUAAUAUGUAACUUUACCAUGUCUGAUUGUGCGUCUUUAGCUGUAUGGUGGGACAGGGAACUAAUAAGCAUAUGCUUCCUCCCGUCUGCCUUUGUCUUCUUCUUCGGUUCUCUCUUCCUUUGGGCAAAUCAUAUCACAUUUUGUAAUUGUCAUUGAUUGUCAACGAUACCGAUGAUGAUGACAAUAAAUAUUUCAUUCAUUCAUUCAAUAUAACAAGGGUCACGAUGCAGAAAUCGCAGACGUCAAGGAGUAAUCGAGAUUUUCAUUUUCAUAUUUUUACCCUUUUAAACUUUUUUUUUUUUCAUAGUUUUUCUUUGUUUGGAUCAAUUAUUUAUCAUCUAAAAUAUAGGGGAAAAUGUGACAGUAACGAAAAAAAUACAAUUAAGUGAUAGUUAUGAGGUAGAUAUCCAUGACUGUUUUUUACAGAGGCCAAUUUUUUCAUUGUUACAUAAUUUGAUUAAAACGUUGAAAUAUGCGAGUAAAUAUAUAUAUAUAUUUUUUUUAAGCGAAAUAUUAGACAUCAAUUAAUGAUUCUAAGCUAAAAAUGACAGACAUUUUGAACAAUAAAUAAGAUUACUUGCCUUCUUUUUAAUGCUGGAUUAACACAAAAGCGGUUGCGCGACGUCUGUAAACGGGGGUUUUCAGGGUAAAACGGACAAAUUAAAACUAGUUCGGGGACUUUAUGCGCCAUGAAUCUGCAAUGGCAGCAUAUAGACAUAUUGUUCUAUCACACACAAUAGUUCUUUUGCCUUAAAAUGCAGCAGUUUAUUUUAUAGAGAGGUGCGAGAGCAAAAACUGCUUUUUCAGCCUUGUCUGGGUUUUCCGCCACGUACAGGAGUACCUCUACUUACCUCUACUUAUUAACUGGUUCUGGAACCAAUUAACCCGAAAAUUCCAUAAGAAGAGAUGUAUUUUCCAUGUAAAUACCGUAAUCCACUCUAAGUAUCACUAAAUCGGGGUGAAACUGGAAGAAAACGACAGCCAAACACAUUUGAAUCAUUCCAUAUUCCUAACCAAACCGAUAAUUAUCUGUAAUGAAGUAGAUAAUAAAACAUAAUGCAAAGGUAUAAGAACGAUAUGGCGGAAAACACUCAGGUGACUUGAAGUUUCGCUUUGAGACCCCAAUUUAGCAAACUUUCAAAAUUG